UAACAAAUGAUCAGGUUCUAAAGGCGCUAUAUUUGCGAGUAUUGGACUGGCAUUUCUUUAUGAAAUACCUUAUCUAUCGGGAGUUCUUUCCAAAGCAAAGCCCUUGUGCAUAAGGACGUGACGCAGAACCAAAAACUUGAUACUAAGGUUAAUUGGCGGAUCAAAGCGCUACAAACCCUCCUUUAUUAAAGUCGCCAUCUCCGGAUCACACCGAGGUGGGUUGUAGACUAUUUGUGGGGCUCUUAUCCAACGGAACGGACACCCAAAGACCCAUGAUGGCCAUAGUGAAAGAGUCGCACUUGCUAGUCGUUCUUGUUAUCUGGAUCAUCGUAUGGUGCUUUACCGUAUUUAAUCCGAUUCUGGUCCCUUUUGAUUUGAAACAACACGGCCAAAUGCAGAUAGGCCGUCGCACACGAAGAGGACAGGACUUCCACUCUACGAAGACUAAACGCACAAUCCUGACCUUUAAGGACGCGCCAGAAUGCACAGCGAUACACCCCACCGUGCUCCUUUACAACAGGAUUUUCAAAACAGGAAGCACAAGUAUGACCUGUAUUAUUAACUCGGUUAAACAUUCGAUGAAUUUCGCGAUGGAUUUCGCCACAACAGAAGACUGGUACGAUAAGAGACGCAAGCCUCUGUACCCGAACCUCCUCACGCGUCACGCGCGACGCGCGCUAACGCAAACGAACCACACACGAUUCGUGUUCAUUGCGCAUUUUUAUUUUCGAUCAAGGUUAAAGCGUCUGCACUAUUCUCAUACGUACAUCAACCAAGUUAGGGAUCCUGUCAGGAGAGUGAUCUCACAUUAUUUCUAUUUGCAUCGUAGCCAGGAGAGACCGCUAAACCGAAUACGCAAGAUGAAAAAGAGUGGAUUUAUCAACGAAACUCUUGAGGAAUGUCUUGCGAAGCAGCACCCGGGCUGCGAGUCUAACCUCAUGACAAGAUUCUUCUGUGGAAAGCACUCCUUUUGCCGAAGUGGGAGCAAUAAGGCUUUAAGCAAAGCUAAACAUAAUAUAAGUCGUUACUACGCUUCUGUUGGGUUACUAGAACACUUUAGUUUAUAUCUACGAGUGCUGAACAAACGACUGCCCGAGUUUGUUUCUGUGGUUGAUAACUUGCAAGCAAAGAAAGUGAACAGAUUUUAUAACGAAUCCAAAAUCUCUAAAAAGACGAUUCAGGUUAUCAGAAAAAUGAAUUCUGCUGACAUUAAGUUGUAUGAGUACAUUCAAAAGAGGUUUUGGCGUCAAGUAAAAGCGUGUGGUUUAUUAAAUACGAUAUGACAAAGCACACAAAGUGAACAACGAGAGCUUUUGCAUUGAAAUAGCGCCGCCAACUUGUUAUAGCAGGGGUGGGUCCAGAAUUUCAAAAUGGGGGAUGGAUAAUGGCCGGAUAGGCGGCCUGUAACAGAUCCAGUGACUGUUGGUAGGUCACAUAGAUCUAACAAUACUUCAAGCUGAAUUGAAUUUGUCGCGUCAGCAAAGUCGAGCAGGCAUUUUAGACUCCCAGGACACUCUGUCGACCACUUGUCUAUUUUUUGUCUAUUUUUUGUUUAUUUCAAAAAUAGUUCAAAAGCUAAUUGUGUGCUAUGUAUAAAGGGCAAGAAACUGUUUUCUCUUUUUGCAGUCGCAAGAGCAGGAGGGACAAGUUUUUGUUGUACUAAAUUCUGAUAAUAAAACCACGAACUCCUCUAUAAAUUGAA